AUGGAAGAAGAACAGACGGGGAUGGGGACAGAGACAGUCCAACAACCAGGAAUGGCGGGAUUACAAUUAGUAGAAUAUUGUGAAGAAUCUAUCAAUAACAGCUUAUUGUUAGAUUUAAAUGUUGAUACUUCUAUUGAUGCAACUAACAUUGAUGGCAUUGUUUGUAGAAAAAAUUAUUUUAACAUCUUUAAUUACACUGGAUUGGAGCUUAGCGAUGAGUAUUUUACACUAUUCUCAAAGGGGAUGAAGACACUGAAAUUUGGUGAGAGAGUGUUUUUCUUUGAUGCAAGUGGAAAUCCACCAGCAGCAUAUGAUUUUUUAAACUGGCAGGUGACUCCGGCGGGUACCUUUCAGCAGGUGAAUGUGGGCAAGUUUGACUCUGCUAAUCCCCUUGGUCAGCAGCUGUCCUUGAAUGUAAAGCAGAUUGUAUGGAAUGGAGGUGGAGAACAGAUUCCAGUGUCUGUCUGCAGUGAAAGUUGUCAUCCUGGAUACAAACAAAUAAAGCAACAGGGUAGGCCUGUCUGCUGCUUUGAUUGUGUUCCAUGUUCAGAAGGAACAAUUGCAAACUUAAGUGAUUCAGUUGAGUGUCUAAAGUGUCCAGAUGAGGAAUGGCACAAUGAACAAAGAGAUUACUGCAUCAUGAAACCAGUCGAAUUUCUUUCAUUUGAAGAACCCUUGGGCAUGGCACUAACUUCCAUUACUAUUGUGAGUGCACUGCUUCCUGCAGUCAUUUUGAUUGUGUUUAUCAAGCAUAGAGAGACACCUAUUGUUAAAGCCAACAACCGGGACAUUAGCUAUACUCUCCUUUUGGCCCUCAUCUUGUGUGCUCUCUGCUCAUUUAUUUUCAUUGGGCGCCCAUCCAAAAUAACAUGCAUGCUCCGACAGCAAACAUUUGCUGUAGCCUUUGCUUUGUGUAUCUCUUGUGUACUGGCUAAAACAACAAUGGUAGUUAUUGCAUUUAAUGCUACAAAACCAAAUAGCAGCCUAAGGAAGUAUGUUGGUCCAACCCUUCCUAAUAUUAUAGUCCUUGUCUGCACAUUGGUUCAGGUCACCAUUUGUGUCACAUGGUUACAAACACUUACACCUUUUGUAGAAAGAAAUAUGAAGUCACAACCUGGAAAAGUAAUACUUCAGUGCAAUGAGGGCUCGGUCAUUGCCUUCUGGUGCAUUCUUGGAUACAUGGGCAUUCUUGCCAGUAUAAGUUUUCUAUUAGCCUUUUUGUCUCGAAACCUACCAGACAGUUUUAAUGAGGCAAAAUACAUCACCUUCAGUAUGAUUGUGUUUGGCAGUGUAUGGCUGUCAUUCAUCCCUGCAUACCUGAGCACAGCUGGUAAGUAUAUGAUUGCUGUUGAGCUAUUCGCCAUCUUAUCAUCAAGCACUGGUAUGCUUGCCUGCAUAUUUAUUCCCAAGUGUCAUAUUAUCUUGCUAAGACCUGAAAUGAAUAGUAAAGAAUAUCUCAUAGGGAAAGGGUCUGUUAAUAAAACCAUUAAAGUGUUCUGA